ACAACUAUUACUCUUUGGCCCCGCCCCUAAGGACGCAUGCGUUGCGUGGAGGACAUGCGGGUCGCAGCAAAGUCCUCCUUUACUCCACACACGCUUCUAAGCCUCGGCACAUCUACUAACUACACUUUAUUCAUCCUCCGUGUCAGCAUCAACUCCACUCGUCUCACUCAACUUUGGACAUUAUUAGGCCCGCUUAGUUUGUUUGUUGUUUUAGCGCGCUAGUUAGCUUAGCAUGCUAGUUAGCUUAGCUUGUUAGCUGCUAACAAAGAGACGCGGAUUUGAUCAACACAUCGCUUGGUUAAGAUCAAGUGUGAGAGUAAAGUGUUGUGAUUGUGUGAAAAUGUGCGAAAGAACGAUAGCAAAGUAUGAGGAGGAACUUUGUUGUGUGAAAAUGUGUGAAAGAACGAUAGCAGAGUACAAAGAGGAACUUUCUCGUACAAAAGAAGAGAACGAGAGACUACGUCAACUACUGGAGGCUGUUUUCAAGAAACCUCAAGUUGUGUUACACAGAACAGACUUCAAUGAAGCACAUCGUCCUCGUGAGCAGGAGGAGGAACCACAGUCCCCCCACAUACACGAGGAAGAAGAGGUACCACAGUCCCAACACAUCAAAGAGGGAGGAGAGGAACCACAGCCCCCCCACAUUAAAGAAGAAGACGAGACGCCACAGACCCAUAAUGUUAAACUGACCCUUCACAUUAAAGGGCAAGCGGAGGACCCACUGAUCUUACACAUCAAAAAUGAAGAGGAGGACCUACUGACCCCUCACUUUAAGGAGCAAGAGAACCUGCUGACCCCUCACAUUAAAAAGGAAGAGGAGCACCAAGGGCCGCCGCACAUUAGAGAGGAAGAGGAGGAAGAGGGCAUCAGUCAGCCUAAAUGGUUGGAGGAGUUCCCAGUGACUGGUGUCCCUGUGAAGAGUGAAGAUGAUGAGGUGAAAGGUGAAAGUGAGGAGAGGGGAGGGGGGGAGCCUCCAAGCAGCAGCUCAACACAACACAUGACAACAGAAGCUGAUGGAGACCACUGUGGAGGAUCACAAGCAGACAAGCUCUUAGCUCCACUAUCAGAUAGUGAGGACACAACGUCACACUCUCCUGACACUGAUGAUGAAGACUCUAAAGAUGAUAAGACAUGUCACACUGACAACACACACUUCGCAUGUUCUCACUGUCACAAAACCUUUAAAUACCAUUGUGAUCUGAAAAGACACAUGAGAACACACACUGGAGAAAAAACUUUUAUUUGUUCAACCUGUGGUAAAGGUUUUACACAAAAUCAUAAUGUGAAAGUACACAUGAGAACACACACUGGAGAAAAAACUUUUUCUUGUUCACUAUGUGGUAAAGGUUUUACACAAAGUCAGAAUUUGAAAAGACACAUGAGAACACACACUGGUGAAAAACCUUUUUCCUGUUCAACCUGUGUUAAAGGUUUUACAGUAGGUCAGAGUUUGAAAGUACACAUGAGAACACACACUGGUGAAAAACCUUUUUCCUGUUCAACCUGUGGUAAAGGUUUUACAGUAGGUCAGAGUUUGAAAAUACACAUGAGAACACACAUUGGUGAAAAACCUUUUUCCUGUUCAAUAUGUAGUAAAGGUUUUACUAGCAGUCAAUGUUUGAAAGAACACAUGAAAACACACACUGGUGAAAAACCUUUCUCCUGUUCAAUCUGUGGUAAAUGCUUUACACAAGGUCAACAUUUGAAAAGACACAUUAAAACACACACUGGUGAAAAAUCACAUUCCUGUUCAAUCUGCAACAGAAGCUUUUGUGACCGGUCAAUGCUUGUAAGACACAAGAGAACACACACUGGUGAAAAGUCACAUUCCUGUUUAAUCUGCAACAGAAGCUUUUUUCAACGAUCAAACCUUGUAAGACACAAGAGAACACACACUGGAGAAAAACCUUUUUCCUGUUCAACCUGUGGUAAAGGUUUUACACAAAGUACAGAUGUGAGAGUACACAUGAGAACACACACUGGUGAAAAGUCACAUUCCUGUUUAAUCUGCAACAGAAGCUUUUUUCAACGAUCAAACCUUGUAAGACACAUGAGAACACACACUGGAGAAAAACCUUUUUCCUGUUCAACCUGUGGUAAAGGUUUUACACAAAGUACAGAUGUGAGAGUACACAUGAGAACACACACUGGUGAAAAAUCACAUUCCUGUUGAAUCAGCAACAGAAGCUUUUGUUGACGAUCAACCCUUAUAAGACACAAGAGAACACACACUGGUGAAUAAUCACAUUCCUGUUCAAUCUGCAACAGAAGCUUUUGUGACGAUCAACCCUUGUAGUACACAUGAGAAGACACCCAGGAGAGAAAGUGUUGAGUUGCAGUGUGUGUGGUGAAAGAUUGUCUUCUAAGUACCAGUGUAAGAAACACAAGUGUGCUGGUGAGAACAGCAGCAGCAAAUGAAACUGCAGGAUUUGAAAUAAACUGUCCAGACUUUCAUUUUGACUUUCUAACAACAUCAGCACAUAUAACAUGUGUGACAUUGUUGUUUGUCUAACAAUCUGGUUAAUAUGCUUCUACAUUUAUAGAUUUGAUAUUUUAUAUUUAUAUUUAUAUAUUUAUAUUUUAUAUUUAUAUUAUAUGUGUUGGAUCCGCUUUGGACUGGACUCUCGCGACUGUGUUGGAUCCAUCUUUCACAGUAUCAUGUUUUCAUAUGUUCUCAUAGUCAUCAGUAUCAUCAGUAUCACAGUAUCAUGUUCUCAUAGUCAUCAUUGUCACCGACGUCCCACUGGGUGUGAGUUUUCCUUGCCCUUAUGUGGGCCUACCGAGGAUGUCGUGGUGGUUUGUGCAGCCCUUUGAGACACUAGUGAUUUAGGGCUAUAUAAGUAAACAUUGAUUGAUUGAUUGAUAUUAAUGCUUUUUUCAGUCAAGCACAUGCAUUAAUAUCCAACUUUGUGUACUUUUAUUAAAAAAUGGACAGAACCAUUUGAGUAAAAAAGUGAGAGUAAACAGUAAAAUACAUAUUUUACAUGCAAUAAACAUGUGUGUAUGUAUACACACACACACACACACACACACACAUAUAUAUAUAUAUAUAUAUAUAUACAUACUGUAUAUUCAUCAUACAAUUUUAGACCUAUUUAUAUGAAAUAUUGAAGUAUUACAUAUUUGUAAUUGUUAAUAAUCCCAUAGAUUAUCACCUUUAUAUGAUAUACAUAUGUACUGGUUCACAUCUGAAACAUCUUCUGGACCACUUCAGGAAGCAUAUUAUUAUUUACUUUAUACAUCAUUUAAACAGUUGUCUUUUAUACAAUUUUAAAAUGUGUGUCUUUUUGAAUCAUUUGUUGGGUCUCUAUAAUCUAUUUUAUUCAUUAUCGUUAUUACUCAGUAUUAUGAUGAUUGUGUUGUGAUUGUUUUAUAUGUAUGUCCCCAGACCUUUAUGCAAUAUACAAGUGAGAGAAAAUAGCUGAUUUUUAUUUUGUGAAAGGACGGUUUUGUUUUCACAAACUUACAUAUGUGGAUAUAUCAAAUAAAUCCAGUAUUGUGUUUUCAA